GAGCAAACAUGGCAAAACGACCACACAAUACCGAGGACAGUGAUGCAGCUCCUGCUGCUGUAGUAGAUGAGAAUUCUGACCCCCCGUCCAAAAAAGCCCGAAAGGAAACCAAUGCUUCAGCACAACGAACGCUCUUCGUUCGUUCUCUGCCCGCCAUAGCCACCAGUGAAGCGUUGACCGAGUUAUUCUCCCAAAAUUACCCCCUCAAACAUGCCACUGUUGUACUCGAUACCGAUACCAAACAAUCGAAAGGAUAUGGCUUUGUCACUCUUGCAGAUGCGGAAGAUGCCCAGAAAGCUUUGGAGGAAUUCAACGGGCAGGUGUUUCUUGGGCGGAGAAUGAAAAUCGAGAUUGCGCAACCACGUUCGCGAGAAUUGACCAAAUCGCAAGGCUUAGAUGGGAAGAGGAAGAGUCAAAUCUCUGUUGAAGCUGCUGCUAUCAAAAAGGCCAGAGAAGAGAAGAUGGCAGAGGAUAGAAAACCACCGAAGCUGAUCAUUCGAAAUCUUCCUUGGAGUGUCAAGACACCAGAACAGUUGGCGGAAUUAUUCAAGAAGUUCGGCAAAGUCAAACACUCCACUCUACCCAAGAUUAAAGACGAUACGCAAGCCGGCUUUGGAUUUGUCGUGCUACGGGGUAGGAAGAAUGCUGAGAAGGCCUUGGCUUCUAUGAACGGGACGUUGGUGGAUGGCAGAAUAGUGGCAGUAGAUUGGGCUGUCGAUAAGAAUGUAUGGGAGAGUCAGAAUAAGUCUUCCGAAGACCAAGACGAGGCAACAGACGAUGAAGACAAUGGUGCGAAUUUGGACAAGCCAGCCGAGCCGGAGAAUGAGGAUGACGACGUGGCCAACUUUUUCAAGAAUUUUGGAGACAAUCUAGAAUCAGAAGACGAUGAGGAUGGAGAAAAGCUUGAUUCAGACCAGGAGAUGGACGACUGGGAAGAUGAGAGCAAUAGCAACUCUGAUGCAGAAGGUGAAGAGAUGGAGGACGACAAACCCAAGAAAGUUCUCAUUACGGACAAUUCUACGACACUGUUCGUUCGCAAUCUUCCCUUUACAACACUGGAUGCAGACCUGAAAGAACAUUUCAAUCAAUUCGGCCCUGUUCGAUACGCCCGAGUAGUGAUGGAUCGUGCUACAGAUCGACCAAAGGGUACAGGCUUCGUAUGUUUCUUCAACGUCGAGGAUGCAGAUGCAUGCUAUCGAGGCGCCCCCCGCCAUCAAUUGACAGGUGCAAACGCCAUCGCCCCCAAGGUCAAACAUUCCAUUCUCGAAAACGAGAACGCUGAUUCGACGGGUUCCUACACCAUUGACGGACGAGUCAUACAGAUUGCCAAAGCGGUGGACCGAGAUUCAGCAAGCAAGCUUACAGAAAAUGGUACGAAUUUCCGUACUGAACGAGACAAGGACAAGCGAAAACUCUAUCUUCUGUCAGAAGGUACAGUCGCAUCUGGAACUCCUCUAUAUGAAAUGCUUGCCCCAUCCGAGGUUAAGAUGCGCGAGGAUUCCGCGAUGCAACGAAAAAAACUAAUCCAGACAAAUCCCACGCUUCAUCUGUCGCUUACACGUCUCUCGAUCCGCAAUCUACCCCGCAAUAUCAAUUCCACGGACCUAAAAGCCCUUGCUCGAGAAGCAGUUGUCGCUUUCGCCAAAGAUGUCAAGGACGGAAAACGUGCACAGCUGUCCAAAGAGGAAGAAGUCCGUGGAGGUGAAGAUAUGAAACAAGCCGAGAAACAACGAAAGGCAAAAGGCAAAGGCAUAGUUCGACAAGCCAAAAUUGUCUUUGAAGGUCGUGAAGGUGCCAAGAUUCCCGAAGAAAGUGGUGCUGGAAGAAGUCGUGGAUAUGGAUUUGUGGAAUACAGUUCUCAUCGAUGGGCUCUGAUGGGAUUGCGAUGGUUGAACGGACAUGCAUUGGAGAAUGCUAGCGGGAAGAAACAACGUCUAAUUGUGGAGUUUGCAAUUGAGAAUGCACAGGUCGUGCAAAGAAGAAAGGAAAAGGAAGAGAAAGCGAGACUAAGGAGCAAAGAGGUCGUGGAGAUGAGAGAACGAGGGGAAGCCCCACCCAAGGAGAAGAAAGAGCUGAGCAAGUCAAUCGUCAUGAAGAAAACCCGAGUAGGAAUGAAGGGAAAGAAGGGAAGGCCAUUGAAAGCCGAAAAGUCUUUCGACAAAGUUGAGAUCAAAUCUCCAGUUACUAAGAGGAAGAGAGACGGAGACGAGGACCAAGGUCCGAGAAAGAAAUCCGCAAAGGGUGAAGGUGCCAAGCCAGAAGAAUCUUCUGGCAAGGAUGAAAAGUUGAGGAUGAAGGCUCAGAUUAUCCAGAAGAAGCGAAUGGCGAGGAAGAAUCGUAAGGGUUGAGACAUGGCUUCUGACUUGCUUGUAUUGAUUAUGAUACCAAUUCUGUUAUCAUGAAUGUCAAAAUAUUUCUCCGGAGGUGGUUGCAUCAAAACUCUCUAGGCAACCUUGACAUGAAUAACUCUUUGUCCGUGGAUGACUACCGUAUUCACAGUGUGCAGCAACCCACUUUCCGAAUCACAUUCGGUGCAGUAACACUUAAGC